GAUCUCAUUAGUUCGAAACAAGAUGAUUUCUUUUGGCAUAAUAGCGUUAUUGAGUUUUUUUGGUGCUGUUCACGCGAAUGAAAGUAAGAAUUUAAUUUAACUGUCAAACUCAACAAAUUUAUAGUUCAUAAAUAUAAGAAUAUGUAAAAUAUAAUAUUUUGUAAAAAUUUGUCAGCAAUUGUGAGAGUUGUUAACAUAUUAGUGAAAUUUGGGAUUUCACUGAAAAUUCAGUUCAUAAAAACGAUGUUGAAAAAUAAUCAUACUGAAUUCAUUUCCACAAGGGAAUAAAGAAAGAACGAUAUUUUAUUUUGUUAUUUAUUACAUCUGUUUUAAGAAAUGUUAUGCAUAGACAUUUAACAUACGUAAAGGAGAUAAAAAUCGAUUGUUUGUAGAAGUCGUGGCCUGUUACUACGGCGCCUGGGCAACAUACAGACCAGGUGUGAGAGCAUUCAAUGUGCACAACGUUAACCCACACCUAUGCUCGCAUCUCGUCUACGCAUUCGCGGGUCUCAACUCCAAUGGAGAGAUUGUAUCCAUCGAUCCACAACUCGACUUAAGGAGAGGUAACAAUAAGAAGUAAUACUUUAAUAAUACUGAUUACAGAUAAAGCCGUAAAUUGAUAUUUAAUUCUUUUGGAAUCGCCGGACUCUGUACUAUUCAAUAAGAACGGCAACCAUUUAAAAACUGUGUGAAUAAUUAGUACAUUUACGACCGGUUUCUGAAUUGAGAAAAGUACAAAAUCUCAACUGAUUAUUCUCAAUAACUUAAGUUUUGUACGUUUCAUAUGGCAAAAAGUCUUAGCUUUUUCAAAUUGCUGUGAACUGAUCAUAAAAAAUUAUAAAUCAGUAAUGAAAACCUGUUUAAAUGACGUUUAAAAUGGCUUAAUCACGGUUUGAGACGUGCUCAACUUCAGAUUCUUAAUUCAGAAACCGGGUGCUAGUGUGCUAUUGUGGUAGUUAAGCUAAUUAAAAUAAAAAAUACCCUUAUUUUCUGUGUAGUAACAGAUCAACAACGUUACUCUUUUGGUAUAAAAGUAUAUUAACUAGUAAGAAACGACGAGCAUUCAUGAUGGAGCUGAUAUAAAAGAAUGUGAAGAAAAAUCUGUUAACCUGAUCAUUUCGACAAAACUCUUGACUUAAUCGUCAUAACUUUAAUUGCUUUUAUAUACUUAUCAUGAACUUUAUUACAGGCAACUACAAAAAUUUCAAUGAAUUGAAAAAGAAAAGUCCCAGUCUUAAGACUCUUCUGGGUGUAGGAGGUUGGAAUGAAGGAUCACUUAAAUAUUCUGAAAUGGCGGCCAGUCCUGUUUUGCGAAAGAAUUUCAUCCAAAGUGCUCUCCAAAUUAUUCGGGAUUACGAUUUCAACGGCAUAGAUAUAGAUUGGUUGUAUCCAAAUCGUCGUAAUAGUCCUCAUGGUCAGGCGGAUAAAGAAAAUUUCAAUCUUCUAUUGAAGGAAAUUAAAGAAGAAUUUAACAAAUUUGGCUUAAUACUAGUCACUGCUGUGGCUGCACAUGCAUAUGCAGUAGCUUCAUCUUAUGAUGUGCCUUUUAUAGCAGCACAUGUAGAUUACAUAUAUUUGAUGUCAUAUGACUUGGCUGGACCUUGGGAUAUGGUCACUGGACAUAAUGCACCACUGCAUAAAGGAGAAGGACUCGAUGAAAGUGUUGACAGAAAUACUUUAUUAACUGUCGAUGUAGCUGUGGAGCGUUGGCUGCAAGCAGGCUGCCCACCGGAGAAACUAGUUCUCAGUGUACCCUUCUUUGGACACACAUUCACAUUGAGAUCUGCCAAUGAGAAUGGUGUAAGAGCUCCUGUUAGUGGAGCUGGUAUCAACAGAGGCGACAUUGGAUAUAACGAGCUUUGCAACAAACUACAUACAGAACAUACUCCAUCCUGGACUGAGCGAAGGGAUACUUUGGCGAAAGUACCAUAUGCUGUUAGGGGUGUUGAAUGGGUAUCAUAUGACGAUCUUAAGUCCAUAAGAGACAAAGUGGCAUAUGCCACAAGUAAAAAUUUAGCUGGAGUUUCGAUCUGGAGUAUCGAUACAGAUGACUUCCACGAUAUCUGCGGUGCAGGGAAAUUCCCUCUUCUAACUGCUAUUAAUAACGCUUUAAAUAGAAACACCGCCAGCGAAGAGCAAACCGAGUAACUCCCUUACAAUAACAAGAGCAGGUACAUUCUCACUAUUAUAUUGAACAUUAUUACUCAGCUAAGACAUAACACAUCUAAAUAAUUUUAUCUCAUUUUUCGAAACAAAUUCGGAUUUUUAAUAACUUUUUUAGACGAGUUACGAGUCUUGGUCAAAUUUGAAUAACUGUUCUUUUUAAAUAAGCGACUAGUAUUAAACCACUAUCAUUCAGGCUUCCUUU